UCAAACUUGACACAGAUCAGCUAAAUGGACAGGCCGGCUGCUUCAUUGACGGUUACACAGUGUGACAUCAUCGGCUCAUAGCUUAGCGAACUGUCAGGGAGGGAGUCUCACAUUCCACUCUGUAGCUAUCAACCAGCUAGCUAAUUUACCUUGAUAGCUUGCUAGUAGUCGAUAUAUAGUUUGCGAACUGCACUAUUAGUGGAUCAAAAAUCCCACAAUCAGCAUGUCGGACAAGAGCGAGCUGAAAGCUGAGCUGGAGAGGAAGAAACAGCGUCUUGCUCAGAUCAGAGAGGAGAAGAAGAGAAAAGAAGAGGAGAAGAAAAAGAAGGAUGGGGAUUCCAAGCGUGGAGGGGAGGGGGGUGGGGGUGGGUCAACAGCACCUCAAGAAGACUCUGACCUGGAGAAAAAGAGAAGAGAUGCAGAGGCUCUGCUUCAGAGCAUGGGUAUCACCCCUGAUACUCCCAAUGCCGAGCCUCUGAGAGUAGUAACAGAGGACACAUGUCUGUUUCACUACUUAGUCCCCGCCCCCAUGUCCCCUUCCAACAAGUCAGUGGGCAGCGAGACAGGAAGCCAGGACUCUGGAGAUGGAAAUGCCGGACCAAGGACGUUGCACUGGGAUCCUGACCCUUCCACUCUCCAGCUCCACUCCGACUCUGAGCUACUGGGGCGGGGUUCUGUCAGGCUGGGUAUGGCAAAGGUGACCCAGGUGGACUUUCCUCCGAAAGAGAUGGUCUCUUACUCCAAGGAGACUCAGACACCCACCCAAACGCUCUCACACUCCCAGGCCAAAGCAGAAGAAGAGGACGAAGAGGAGAUCGCUGUAGUGGCACCAGCUGAGGAGAGUCCAGAGGAAGAAGGAGAACAAGUAGAGCAUGAGGAGGCUCCUCCCCAGGAGUUGACAGAGGAAGAAAAGAUGCAGCUUCUUCACUCUGAAGAGUUCAUGUCGUUUUUCGAGCGAGGGAGCCGGAUCGUGGAGCGCGCCCUCUCUGAGCGCGUGGACGUUUGCUUCGACUACAGCGGGAAAGACCUGGAGGACAGGGAGGGUGAGAUGCAGGCGGGGGCUAAGCUGUCUCUCAACAGACAGUUCUCAGAUGAGCGUUGGUCCAAGAACCGAGUGGUCACCUGUCUGGACUGGUCCCCUCAGUACCCAGAGCUGCUGGUGGCGUCCUACAACAACAACGAGGAUGCUCCGCAUGAGCCUGAUGGAGUGGCUCUGGUCUGGAACAUGAAGUACAAGAAAACUACACCAGAGUACACCUUUCAUUGCCAGUCAGCUGUGAUGUCAGCGGCCUUCGCCAGGUUCCAUCCGAACCUGGUGGUGGGCGGGACUUACUCCGGACAGAUCGUCCUAUGGGACAACAGGAGCAACAAACGCACUCCUGUACAGAGGACCCCACUGUCUGCAGCUGCACACACGCACCCUGUGUACUGUGUGAACGUGGUGGGAACCCAGAAUGCUCACAACCUCAUCAGCAUCUCAACCGACGGCAAGAUGUGCUCCUGGAGCCUGGACAUGCUGUCCCAGCCUCAGGACAGUUUGGAGCUGGUGUUCAAACAAAGCAAGGCGGUGGCCGUCACCUCUAUGACCUUUCCUCUGGGGGACGUCAAUAACUUUGUGGUGGGAAGUGAAGAUGGCUCUGUCUACACAGCCUGUCGCCAUGGGAGUAAGGCAGGUAUCAGUGAGGUAUUUGAGGGCCACCAUGGACCAGUGACUGGGCUGAGCUGUCACAGUGCUGGGGGACCUGUCGACUUCUCUCAUCUGUUCAUCUCUGCUUCUUUCGACUGGACCGUCAAGCUCUGGACUACCAAGAGCACCCGUCCCCUGUACUCGUUUGAGGACAGUAAUGACUAUGUUUAUGACGCCAUGUGGUCUCCCACACACCCCGCCCUGUUCGCCUGUGUGGACGGAGCUGGACACUUGGACCUGUGGAACCUCAACAACGAUACAGAGGUCCCCAGUGCCAGUGUGUGUGUAGAGGGGGCUCCAGCGCUGAACCGUGUGCGUUGGGCUCACUCUGGGAGAGAGAUCGCCACCGGAGACUCGGACGGACAGGUGCUGGUCUACGACGUGGGAGAGCAAAUCUGCGUGCCCAAGGCUGAUGAGUGGACCCGCUUUGUGCGCACGCUCGCCGAGAUCAACGAGAACCGAGAUGAAGGGGAGGAGCUGGCCGCACAGCGCCUGGUCGCGUGAUCACCAUGGCUACAGAGAAACAGGAAGAGCCUUGCUAAACGUGUCACAGUGGAAAAAAGAAGCCCUCCUUUCUGCUUCCAGCAUCUUCUCCCCUUCCUGUCUCCAGCUCCCGUUGCAUCGAGUUAGAACGAGUAGAACAACAACACCAGCGGCUUGGGUGUCACACCUCAUGUCCAUGAUCAGACUGCUUCCGUCUGGCAUAGACAAGUUCACCACUGAUACUCUUUAAUAACAUUUUUGUUUGUCGAACAGGGCUGCUAGUGUGUGUGUGUGUGUGUGGAGGUGGGUAGCGGGGCGGGAGAACUUAUUUGAAUCAUUCUAUCUCCAUGACGAUAUCCUCAGGGUUUCUGUCUAGAGCUCUUGACCAACUCUGUCCUUUUCUACACACAGUAUGCAAAGCUUUGAACUUUUGCACCUUUUUACAACCUGUUUGUGUGUUUAUACACGUACAUAUGUUACAGAUGUUUUAACCCUAUCCAAGCGUGUGUGUAGCUGGUCCUUGGGACUUGUGUCACCCUAGUGGGGAUAAGGAUACUUCUGUAGGUAAAUGACUUUUCCUCAUUGGUUAUCGAGGCCCAUCCAAGCCAUGCUGUUGGAACGUUCUUUAUUAGAACCUCUCACACAUUCUCACUGCAGAAUGGUGCAAAUUGUGUGUCCUACUUAUGUUUUGACCACUACAUUAUUUAUCCUGUUGUUGCAUUUCAUAGAAGUAGUAAUAUAUCAAAGUAUUGUUUCUGCUGCUUUACUUUUACAUUCUUAACAUGAGCACUACGUCAAGCUUUUAACUACGAGACAAAAGUACUUCACUUGCCCUGGAAGAUUUAACACUAGAUUCUUAAUGUAGGUAUGUUGUUUUACUGAACCAAAGCUAGUAUUAUUUAGUGUUAGACAUACACAAACAAUGUUUAGUAAUAAAAACCACGUUUAUUUACCCUUCUUUAAAGGGUCAUAAUGAAGCCUGAGUCAUUCAGUUAUGUGUGUUCACCCCUUAACAUUCUGACAGAACCGGUCAUAUUAAUUAUUGGUUACAACAUAUUGCACUAAAAUAUUCUAAAUCGGAGUUCCCAAAGGUCUGUCAUUGGAUUCUUUUAUACUGUGUAAUUAUUAUGAGAAGGGACACUUCCAGUCCAGUAAUGACCAAAUGGUUGCUCCUGCCCUUUGAAAUGAAGACACAUUCAUGCGGGUAAAAUUAAAACCACAUGGAUGAUUUAUUUCAAUAAAAUACAAUACAAUGAAUGAAUUGAAAUACAUUUAAUUUAUUAUUACCUAAUUCUCUGCUCAUUUAUCAAUAAACACUUUAUUGAAAAUGUCUGUACAUCA